GAGCCCAGCACACCUGCCGCUGAUCUGUCACUGAAGCCAACCCCAGCCCCUGGCCCCAGCAUGCGCCUAUCUGCACGAAGGGCGCUGCUGGCGGCCGGCUGUGUCCUGACACUGGUGCUGGCCUUCCAGCUGGGACAGCAGGUACUGGAGUGCCGGGCAGUGCUGGAGGGCUCGCGGGGUCCUCGACGGGUCAUGCGGAGGGAGCAGGAGGAGCUGGUGAUGCUGGGCAUGGACCAUGUGGAGUACCGCUAUGGCACGGGAAUGCCACUCAUCUUCGUGGGGGGUGUGCCCCGCAGUGGCACCACACUCAUGCGUGCCAUGCUGGAUGCCCACCCCGAGGUGCGCUGCGGGGAGGAGACUCGGAUCAUUCCCCGCGUGCUGGCCAUGCGCCAGGCCUGGUCCAAAUCAGGCCGGGAGAAGUUGCGGCUCGAUGAGGCAGGAGUGACAGAUGAGGUGCUGGACGCUGCCAUGCAGGCCUUCAUCCUGGAGGUGAUUGCCAAGCAUGGCGAGCCGGCCCGCGUGCUCUGCAACAAGGACCCCUUCACACUCAAGUCCUCCGUCUACCUGUCCCGCCUCUUCCCCAACUCCAAAUUCCUACUGAUGGUGCGGGACGGCCGGGCCUCCGUACACUCCAUGAUCACCCGCAAGGUGACCAUCGCCGGCUUUGACCUCAGCAGCUACCGCGACUGCCUCACCAAGUGGAACAAGGCCAUCGAGGUGAUGUACGCCCAGUGCAUGGAGGUGGGCAGGGACAAGUGUCUGCCCGUCUACUACGAGCAGCUUGUGCUGCACCCGCGUCGCUCCCUCAAGCUCAUCCUCGACUUCCUGGGCAUCGCCUGGAGUGACACCGUCCUGCACCAUGAGGAGCUCAUCGGCAAGCCUGGGGGUGUCUCCCUGUCCAAGAUCGAGCGUUCCACAGACCAAGUCAUCAAGCCUGUGAACCUGGAAGCUCUGUCCAAGUGGACCGGUCACAUCCCAGGCGAUGUGGUGAAGGACAUGGCCCAGAUUGCCCCCAUGCUGGCUCGGCUUGGCUAUGACCCUUAUGCAAACCCCCCCAACUAUGGCAAUCCUGACCCCAUCGUGAUCAACAACACGCACCGGGUCUUGAAAGGGGACUAUAAAACACCAGCCAAUCUGAAAGGAUAUUUUCAGGUAAACCAGAACAGCACCUCUUCCCACCUCGGAAGCUUAUGAUUUCCAGAUCUCUGCAAAUGGUUUGGUUGCCAAGAGAAGACACUUCGUGUUUGAUGGAAAUCGGACCUCUAAUCCAAGCAUAUUGCUUGCUCUUAACCACCACAUCAGGACUGCUCUUGGAGAAUGCCUUUGCAUAUGUUUGCAAAAGUUGAUCCAUUGGGAAAAAACUGAACCCCCUCUCCCCCAGAAACACUCUUCUCUCGGGAACUGAUUGAAGAAUGUGGAAUGGAGUCAGCAACAUUGGUAUUUUCUAUUUCUUCCCCCCUGAAGAACUUUUUUUUAAGAAAACAUUUGCCAUCCUCAUUUUCAGAACUUUCAGGGGGCCUCCUUGGCUAGGACCUCUGCUGUUUACCCUGACUUUUUUUAAAUUCAAAUAAUCUAUUUAAGAAUUUAAUAUAUGAGGUUUUCUUCAAUUCCUCCUCAGUUCAACUCAGUUAGUUGCACAGAGGGCGGGGGACAGUUAUAAUGAUUUGAAUAAAGUGAAUGGGGCUUCAUUUGUCUCUGCCUUCCUUGACA